ACUUUUAAAAAAAGAUUUAUUAUAUAUAAGUACUCUGUAGCUGUCUUCAGACACACCAGACAGAAGAGGGCACCAGAUCCCAUUACAGAUGGUUGUGAGCCACCAUGUGGUUGCUGGGAAUUGAACUCAGAACCUCUGGAAGAGCAGUCAGUGCUCUUAACCGCUGAGCCAUCUCUCCAGCCUGAUGAUUUUUGUUUUUAUUUUUGUCUCAGACAUACUUGCAUCGUUUUUCAAAGCAGGAUACUUCUCCCUUUGCCGAAGAGAAAUACUGGGUAGAGGACAAAGCUAGGGGAGGUGGCGGUAUGUAGUACAAGACUGUACAACUGAGGGGAAGGCGGGAUGGGGUUGGUAGCUUAAAGAUAUAAAAAAACCAUCCUGUGCCUGUGGUCCUGGUGUGUGGUGGUCACUUAUUUUCUAAGUUAGAGUUGAUGCUUCUUCAGAGAGAGGCGGUCCUUUCUUGUGAUGCUGACAGGGGUAAGAAGUUCUUGGCAUCUGCGUGUCGGAGCUGAUGUGCACUGUACACCUGCUGGUUUCCAGGACACAUCCCAACAGCCCACCUUCCCAUUGUUGUGUCUGAUGGACCAUCUCCCAGCGAUGGAGCUGGAUGUGUGAGUGGGGAGGAGGUGCCCAGUAAAGUGUCCCUAUAUAGAUACUUGUUGAUACUUGAGGUAGACUUUAAAGCCUUCAGCUUCUGGUCACAACACGGCUGAGACAUCCAGCCGCCUCCCUUGCUCCUGGGGUUUUCCUGACACUUGAAUAAUUAAGUUUGUGCUGUGUGGGGUUUUUUCUUCCUUGAGCUCCAGUAUACAUUUGAAUGAGGGCCACUCCUAACAUGGCGCUCUAAACAUCCAGUGUCCAACUUCUUCUCCAUCUUUUCUCCUCCUCCCUCCUUGUGUGGGAAGUGUUCCUGUCGUGUGGGCAGUGUUCUGUUUCUUUUACAGAACUUAUGAGGAUUUCUCUGCCCACAAAUCUCAGCACAGAAACUGCCCCCUGACCUUUUUGAGGUGAAGUAUUAUGUAGCCUUAGCUGGUCUUAAAUUGGCUGUUUAGCCCAGGCUGGCCAUAAACUCCGGAUCCUCUUACCUCUCUCUAUGAAAGACAGACUUGCUGUGUUGCCCAGGCUGCCCUCCAAUGUCACUCGAUCUUCCUGGAUAAGUGCUGGGUAGCUGUCCUACAGGUAAACCUAGCUAUGAAACUGGUCGUUCUCCCUUUCUUCAAACAAUGGAUAAGAGAAAUGGGCUUUGCUUCCUCCCCACUCAGCGUCUCGGCCCCACUACCUCUGCUCUCACAAAGAGGGCCCACAGAGGGGCUAUGUCCUCAGAAUUUGUCUUCAGAAACGAGGAUUGUUGAUGCCAGCCUGGUUCACAGGGUGAAAUCCAGGACAGCCAGGGAUACACAGGGAAACCCUGGCGUGAAAAAACAAAAACAAAAAACAAACAAACAAAACAAAACAAAACAAAAAAAACCCAGAUAGCCAAACAAACAAAAAACUACAAUGAAAAGAAAGAGAGAAAAGAAAUUGGGAAAAAGAAAAAUUGGAGGAUUGUGUGGGUCUGUACUGGAGUUUCACCCUGGCUGCACCAGCUGGGUGGGACCUUCUGGAGAAUUCUAAUUCCUUCCUUUUUUUCUGGAACAUUCCUCGUAGUCCUUGAAAGGACUCAAAUGUCAUUUAAGGAAGUGUCUGGGGGCUGGGGAUUUAGCUCAGUGGUAGAGCACUUACCUAGGAAGCGCAAGGCCCUGGGUUCGGUCCCCAGCUCCGAAAAAAAGAACCAAAAAAAAAAAAAAAAAAGAUGUGUCUGUCCAGUUAUUUUUUUAAUUCCAGCUUCUGGCUGGGCAGGGGUACAUACACACACACCUUUAAUACCAACACUCAGGGCAGCUGGUGGAUCUCUGAGUUCAAAUAUCUAUCUCUCUCUCUCUCUCUCUCUCUCUCUCUCUCUCAUAUCGUUAGCCAUGUAUGGUGGUACGUGUAAUUCUGCAGGAGGCUGAGAUAGGAAUAACCACGGGUUCGAGGCCAAUCUGUCCAUCGGGCCAGUGAGGAACUCUAGAGUGAGAACUUGUCUCAAAAUAAACAAAAAGAGGGGAGAGGCCUCAGUUGGGAAAGUGCUUGCUUCACAGACAUGGGACCCCAAGUUCAGAUCCCUAGCACCCGUGUAAAAGGCAGGCACAGGGGUGCCUAUCUGUAAUCUCAGCACUGGGAUGGGGAAACAGGCAGUCCUUUGGGGUUUGUUGGCAGCCAUGCUGUCUGGCGAGCUUCAGGUUCAGCGAGAGACACUGUCUUUAAAGGAAACUGGGAAGCAAUUAAAGGCAUCCAGUGUUGAUGCUGCCUCUGCAUAUACACGUGCAUUCAUGUGCACAAGUGCACUGCCCCUAAGAUCGCAUACAUACCUUAACAUGUAAAAUAACAUACGGAGAGGUAAUCAAAAUUAUCAUCUUCUGUGGCCUGGCCUUUUUCUUCGUUCGUUUGUUAUGUGUUGUGUUGCUUUUUUGAGCCAGGAUUUCUUUGUGUAUCCUUAGCUGUCUUUCUCUCUCUCUGUAGACCAGGCUGGCCUUAGAACUAAGAUAUUUAUCUACUCCUGCCUCCUGAGUGCUGGGAUUAAAGACACACACCCACUACCCAGCAUGACCGUUUUUCUUAUUACAAAGAAGUUUAUUGCAGAAUGUUAGCAUAAUAAAUGGGCCAAAAAGAUCUAUAAUUAUUAAUAUUUUAAAAGGAGAGUGUAUAUACACCCCUUCAGCAAAUUUUAAUUCAAAGUGUGAGAUUGUACUGUUUGUGCCAUCUUGUUACUUAAUGAACAAUGUUAAAUUAGUUUUUUAAUUAAAAUCCUCUGCGGGUUAAACAUUCUCCUUGGAGCCACUUGCAAAGGAUUUAGAGCAUUGUGUUGCGCUGGUAGAUGGGCGUUUUAGUCAGAGGUUGACAUCGGAUGUCUUCCUCGAUUGCUGUCUGCUUUAGUUUUUGAGACAAGGUCUCUCAUUCAACCUGGAACUCACCAAUUAUCUUGAUUGUCCAAGCCCUGGGGAUCACCCUGCCCCCACCUGCCCAGUGCUGGGGUAAGUGCAGUCACUGCCGGGCCUGGCUUUAUGUGAGUGCUGGGAAUCAAACUCAAACCUUAAUGUCUGCACAGCAAGCAGUGUACGGAAUCAGGUAUCUGCCAGCCUCAGCACUAAAGUUUAGUCUUAUGCAGUUAGACUGUUUUCUGGGUUUGGUUGGCAGUGUCAUGGUUUUUGGAGACAGGGAUGCACCUUGUAGUCCAGACUAGUCGGGAACUCUGUGUAGCCCAGGUUGGCUCCAAAUUCUUGGCAAUACUCAGCUUCCUGAGUGCAGGGAUUCUAAGUAUUCAUCUCCAUAUUCCCCUCAAGGACAAAGUUUGGUGGUAAAAUCGCCUUGCAGAAAUGCCCAUAGCAUUUUGGUUCCUCUUUAAGAAUUUCUCUUCCAGGGGCUGGGGAUUUAGCUCAGUGGUAGAGCGCUUACCUAGGAAGCGCAAGGCCCUGGGUUCGGUCCCCAGCUCCGAAAAAAAGAACCAAAAAAAAAAAAAAAAAAAAAAAAGAAUUUCUCUUCCAAGUUCCUUUCCAUAUACAUAGCAAGAAGCCUUUGAUUGCUGGCCUCUGUUAGCCUGGGAAAGAAAGUUCUAUCUUUAUGCCUAUUUUGCACCCUGGGCUCCAGGUCUGGGCCCUGCCUUGAAGUCCUUUCUAGCCUCAGGCAUUCUGUGGUUCCCUGGGAAACCUUUUACUAGGACCUAGGGCUGAAGGGAGACUCUCAGGAAACAGGCCUCUCUUUGCUAGGGAGAUAACCCUAAAACAAACAUCCUGUCCUAACUCUAAAGACCAUUGUGGAAGAUGCAGAGGCUGGCCUUGCUGGGCCUCUGGGGUGGAAGGAGCUUGAUGAUAUCCUGUGUAGGCUUCUGCCCAAACUUGGGCCCCUCACACACUGUCAUCCUCUGGUAAGAGAAGACAGGGAAGUUAGUCGGACUUUCUUGAGGAAGUAGCUUUCGUGCAGGCUAAACUGGGCCUUCCUGUUCCUUCUGAAUGGCUCUUCCUCCUUUUCCUUCCCCUCCUCUGCAUGGUCUAUUUGUCACGGUAGUUGGUGGGGGCUUUGGGCCUUCCCUCCUUAGUGUCUUUCUUACCAUUUUGUUGUUGACAUAGAGGCCUGUGUUUUGGCCAUGUCCACGUGUAAGAAAAACUCUCCUCACUUCCUGCACCCUCUGUCAAGCUGAGGGCCCGGGCCCAGCCUGGUGUCUUCUGUCUUCUUUCAGGCCUGCCUGGAAAGGCCACAGGCUUGAGAAGGCCCAAACUGCCUCCCCCAAGAGACCCAGUAUGCCAGCUGCCACUGCCCGAAUGGAUAACAAAAAACAAAAGCGCGAACCCCAGCCCCAAGAGAAGGAUGUCAUUUCAGUUUAUAUGAACCUGAAGCUAGAAAGAGGCACAGGUUAGGAGAGGGAGCCUGGAUGUUUCCCCCGGGUGGGCUUUGUUUAAAUAUUAAUAUGUUCUUCCUUUUCUCCAAGCGCCAGGCUCCCAGCUCCUUUGUCACUCUAUCCCUGUUAUCUUGCUGGUGGAUGAGAUCCCUUAUCUACCCUGUCCUCCCUCUCUCCCGAGCGGCAGCGAGUGCAUCCCAAACCCACUCUCUGCCCCUCCCCCAUUUGUGAUAGAACAUGACAGAUCCCCUUCUGCAAUCAUAGAUUCAGACGGAACCUGCCAGCUAAGAUUUAGGGGGAAAUGGACUACUUUUAACGGUGUUGGACCCACCAAAGGUACAAGCACUAAGCCACUUGGGCAUCCUAGGAGAGGCGGUCUGGCCCACCCUCAGCACUGCAGGGAGCCAUGGGUCGAAGGGUGAGGGUCUCUGCUGUGUGUGGCUUGAGAUGGAGUCAGUGUGAUCUAACUUCUAACUCGGCUCAGUCAUCUGAAGAUUGAAACUGUUAAAUGGAAAUACAGGCUGCUUUCACCCGUGCUGGCCUGACCUAAAAGACCCUGUAGACCUGGGCUCAGAGGGAAGGAAAGGACCCACAGAUGUGUCACAGGACUCAGCAGCUGGACAGGUAUGCUUCUGUCUUGGCUCCUUGUCCCCUAGCCUCCCACGCCUUAGUUUCACAAGCCUGUGAACCGGGCAUAGGCAACUCUUUUUAGUGUCUAUGCUCAAUGCUCUCAUUGGUCCUGUGGAUCUCAGCUGUGAAGUCAGGGGUCUGUGCUGCCCUGGUUCCUCUGAUCUCUUAAAAAUUUCCCUUUUCAUCUCUGUUCAUUUAAUCAUUUACCAUGUACCUUCCAUUGGCCCAACUCUGAUACAAUGGUGCAUAUCAUGGUCUCUGUCCCUAAUCCACAAGUAAUAAUGGAUGGACUUACAGACAAGAGCUUAUAGAAUUAGCUGGGAUGUUGUUGUUGUUUUAUGUUGUAGCUUUUUUUUUUUUUUUUCUUUUCUUUUUUUCGGAGCUGGGGACCGAACCCAGGGCCUUGCGCUUGCUAGGCAAGUGCUCUACCACUGAACUAAAUCCCCAACCCCCCUAUGUUGUAGCUUUUUGUCGUUGUUGUUUUUGUUUUGUUCACACAGUCUUGCAAUGUAGCCCAGGCUGACUUUUGAACUUGUGAGGAUCAUCCUGUCUUAGCCUCCCAAAUACUGGAACUACAGACUAGAGCAGCUACCCCUGGCUUGCUUUUGAACUGCUAGGAGUAGAACCCGGGGCUGCUGACACGCUGGACAGGUGCUUUCAUGCUGAACUUUUAUCUCCAGCUCAGCAUUACUAGGGGUAGGGAGAGGUGGGGUCAGGGGUUGAUGGGGAUGGCGUCCAACAGGCAAAGGGAGCCUUGCAAAGCAAAAUGCAAGACACGUGAGAAGAGGCUGGGGGCAGGAGAUGGACAUACCGGUGAGGCAAGUUGAGCAUGUCAAGCUCAGACAUCCUCCAAGGCUUGUCAUCCUACCAGAGGAUUCUGGCCCGGCAUCACUCCUGCAUGACCAGCAAAUUGGCCAUAUCUAUGCGUGGAAGUCCCCUGGGGAAUGUUGGCCUGAGAGUAGAGGACCUCUUGUGGUAAUACAUAUGGUGUGCUUUUGCCUGAGUACCGUGUUCUCGUUCCUCCUCAAAUUCUCUUCUGAUGUUAACAGACAAUUUACAAAAGUGUGUUUUCUGUUCUUGGCUGAGUUUCUUUAAAGCUCCUUGGGAAAUUACCCCAACUAAAAUGUUUCCAUGGGGGCGUGUUCUGCAGACCUGAUUCUGCAUUUGAGAAUGUAGCAAGAGCUUUUGAGAUGUGGCCUGAGCUUGAGCCAGGCUUCCCCAGCGAGGGAGGAGGGAAGCUCGCUUGAGCGUCUAACUAUAUGCCCAAUUCUAGGCUAGACUUAUUUACUGUGGGUGCCUGUGUGUGGGUAUGUGACCCGGAGGUCAGGGGACAACUUGCAGGAGCUUGUUUCUCCUUUCACCUGCAUCCUAACAUCUUGCUGUCUUUGGUUAACCACCUUAAUCUUAAUCCAUUUCCUACAGAAAAGGGCCAGGAGUCCAUUCCCCUGAUGUCCCUCCUGGCUCCAUGGGUCUAGACUGUCCAUCACAUCUGACGGGGUCUGACCACCACACUGAGGAGGAGGGCUUAGUGAUGGAGACAGAUGCUUAUUCCUGCCCAUCCUCUUAGUUACUCCUCCUGGCCUCCUCCCUCCCUGCCUGCUUGGACACAGCUCAGGGUAGACAGGAUGCAGGGUAGGGACAGGAGAGACCCUUGUUGGGGAAGGACUCCAGGAAAUUGGGUGAGUGUGAGGAAUGGGCCGGGUGGCAGGGCUAUGGAGCUGGUUACCUUCCAGGAACAGUAAAGGACACCCUUCUCCCUAUUGUGCCUUCUACAACAUUUCUCCCCUCUCUCUGGUGGACAGUGAUGGAGUUAGGGUUUGGGCCGCUCCCUCCCCAGAACUUCUGGCAUUAGAAAGGCCAGCAGAAGCUUGUGGGCCAACCAACACGAUCGUCGAUUCCCUUUUCCAGGACCAGAGUGAUGGUGGGUCUGGUCUGUCACCAGCCACUGUCCUCAUGCGUGUCCAAAUCUAAUUAUUUUUGGUGGCUUCUUUAACUCUGACUGGGGCGAGGGUGAGGGGCCCUGAAAUCCUGUUUUCUCCGCCAUGUUGCGUCUGCUGCCACAACCUUAGGAGAAAAGAAAGAAAAUUGUAGGGGUUGGGGAUUUAGCUCAGUGGUAGAGCGCUUGCCUAGCAAGCGGAAGGCCCUGGGUUCGGUCCCCAGCUCCGAAAAAAAGAAAAAAAAAAAAAAAAGAAAGAAAAUUGUAUUAGUCAGCUUCACAGUUCUGUAGGGAAUUUGAUAAACAAAAUUAUGAACACCAUGUGGUCCUUGGAGCCCCCCUGUGUCUUUAUUACACACACACUGCACCUGAACAUGGCCACAAGCACAUCGGACUUCGCCUCCUUCUCUUUUACUUUUGACGUAAUAUGGCAAAGCCGAAAGUUUCCAAGCACUUGGGCUCUGCGAGCGCGAGCGAGCGAGCUAGCAUAUGCUCUGCAGACAUGCUGUCAACUCCCUUAACCAACUGCAAGAACUCACAUUCUACCCCAAACAGAAACAGUGCCAGUCCAGGGGGCCUUUGAUCACCAUGCAGUAAACCCAGCCAAAACACUGCAAAUUCAAACACGCCACAGUCCAGACCCAGACACUCAACAGGACUGUAAUGCCUGCUCCUCGAGUGUUAUUGGAUCAAGAUAAAAAAUAACGGAGUACAGUGAUGAAUAUUUAGAAAAGCAUCAAAAACCAAAAUACUACAGAACCAAACCUAUGGGAGACAGCUGGUUCUAUUCUCACACCAUCAAAUGCCUUUAUUAUGAAAAGGAAACCGGGAGACAAAAAAAAGAGUAAUUGAAGCAUUCAGCCUGGGAUCUUGGAGGGGUGGGUAUAUCAAAACAGCCCCCAAGGAAGGCGAGGGAGAAACCAGUAAAGAUAAAGGCAGAGAUAAGUGAAUUACAAACACGAAACACUAAAAUUAACGAUGUGUCCAAGAGCCAAUUCUGUUUUUAAACAAAGUAGAGUAACCUCUGGCAUGUUUAUUUGAGAAUGCAAGGAAUAGAGAAAACAAUCGUAGGAAGAGGAAUGGGCGGGGGCACAUUUCAAUAGAGAUAUUUAAAUGGAAAAUUCAGGCACAGCAAUAGGCUGAAAUUUGAAAAAUCUCAAUUAAAUGCUUGCUCCUGAAAAUGUAUAUGUUGCUAAUGGGGGGGGGGACCAUGAUCCUUAUCAGAACGAUGCCUCUUCUCCCCGAAGACGGCAGUCCCCGGUGCUUUUGCUGGUUAAUUUCAAAUGUGAUGGCGCUGAUAUGAUAGCAUUACGCUAUUCUGUGGCUUAGCAAAAGACAGAGAAGUCUCUAGUUCAGUCUACAGAGCAAAAAUAAGACUGAUACUAAAUGUGGCAAAGAGACCAGAUUAAAGAAUGAAAAUGCUAGGUAGGAAAUAGAAUUCGGUAACAUAUUAAGCAAGUCAUCCACCACAACCCAGUGGGGCAAGAAGGAAGAAUCGUCUGUAUUAGGAAAGCUUAAUAUAGUAACUACGGUAUGCUAAUGAGUCAGAGCAGCAAGGCCGUAUUAACUCCAUAUAUGCAGGGGGAGAAUUAAUUACAUUUCUACCUAAACAUCGUGCCAAAAGAGAAACAGAAAUAUAGGAGCCUAAAAAAAGGAGGAGGAGGAGGAGAAGUGUGGAUGACUUCUUAACAUGAUUCAAAGUACCUAUUAAAGCUACUAGCUUUACAAGUGACUAGCAACACUCAGACAUCCAUGCUAAAAUCAGCCAAGGAGACUUGUGUCACCAGUACUGUCUAGUAUCCCUUGAAUCCAGUAAAACCAACUUAACUGACAUCACAGCUCAGACUUGGGUUGAUUUCUAAAGUUCAGAACCAAUAAAAGUCAUCAAAGUCAAGAGUCUGGACAUGUUGCUCAGUGGUAGAGCUCUUGCCAAGGAUGGGGAGAGGGAACAAAUUGGACUCUGAAAAAAAAAUUGCAACAUCUGUAUGCAGACUGUAAAAGGACGAGAGGCUGGUAGGUCAUAGAGAAAAGAUUUUGAUCUUAAAUACAUAAGUAGGUUGAUGUUUUACCCCUAUCAAAGAGCCCAUGCAGAUUUGCUUUUUUUGUUGUCGGUGAUGUUUUUGGUUUGGUUGCUGGUUUGUUAUUCAGUGUUUUGAGACAGGGUAGCCUGGCCAGUGUGAGAGCCUUCUGUUUCAGUGUCUACAUUGUUGCCAUUACUGAGUGCCUCCCCUAGCAGCUUGCAUUUGUUUUGCUUUUUAAAUCAAGGAUAGUUAGACUUGGUAGUCCAAGCCUUUAACCCCAGCAACUAAGGAAGUUGGAGCACAGGAAUAGCGGUAAACCCGAGGCUUUCUUGGGCUACAAAGUAAAAUCUUGAAUGGAGAAGUAAGCAAAUAAACAAAAGUUUUAAUACAAUGAAGACAAACUUGAAAACAGUAUGAAUAGAUCCCAUGAUUAGCAAGUAAAUACUGGCACAAAGAAAUUGUUACCACUUGGCAACCUUGAUGAACACAUGGACCAAGUCAAUUCAGUAUGUGGUGGUGGUCACUAUGGCUGCAGCGUGUGCGAGCUCAUGUACACAUGUUUGCCAUGUAUGUGACUACGCUUUGGGUGUCUGAGGACAACUACAGGUAUCAAUCUUUGCUUCCCGUCUUGUUUGAAACAAUCUCUAACUCUCUGGUGCCCACACCAGGGACUUGUGGCCACUGGCAGUUACCUUUCUUAUUGUAGAAAGAGUGUGAGGGGUUUUGAUUUUUUUUUUUUUUUUUUUUUUUAAGGGAAGGGCUUGUUUAGUUGUUCUAUAGUGCUUGGGACCAAACCCAUGGCUUCCUGCCUUCGAGGAAAGCAGCUAGCUAUACCACUGCUGUAUCCUUAUCCGUAAGAAGACUCACUCCCAUCAAGGUUUUAUUAUGAAAAUUUUUCAAAUGGUUUGAAAAGUUGAAAUACCUUUACUGUAAACAUCCACACGCCUUGGCCUCAUAGGACAGAUAGAUGUUAGUGGCCGCAUAGGACAAAUGCUAGUGUUUGUCACGCUACCUCCGUCUGCCCGUGCAAGUUCUGAGGCUCACUGCAGCCUCUCUUGAGGACUUCAUUGAACUCAGACAUCCUGAAUCUGGCUCUGGUACGCAAGGCUGUUGCACCGAGGCUGGAGGGCAGCCCCGCAUACCUUUCUAGGACUUGAAGGUAUGUGGGAGCCAGUCAUGACCUGAUGUAGAAGUGAGGGAAAGAGAGGGCUGGGCUCAGUGGUCCACUUUGCUGCCUGACUUGUGUGGGGACGCAGCCACGAUCCCCAGUACCACACUAAAACGGAGACACGUAUGCUAAACCUGAGCUCAGAGUGCUACAGGUUUCAUCUAUGAAGGAGGCUGUCUUAGUUUUCUUUCUUAUCACUGUGAUAAAUGACUUUGACAAAAGCAAUGUAAGGGAGAGAGAGUUUGGCUCACAACUAUAAUGUAUAGUCCAUGUUGGGGGUGGGAGUAGAUGGGUCAAGGUGGCCGGAACAUUUUGGUUUUUUGACAUAGGGGGUCACUGUGUAACCUUGGCCAGCCUGGAACUCACUUUGUGGACCAGGCUGGCCUCAAACCAAGAGAUCUGCCUGCCUCUACCUUGGGAGGACUGGGAGAUUAAAGGCAAGGUGGUGGGAUCUUGAAGUAGCUAGUCAUUACAUCUACAGUCCAGAGCACGCAUGCUCAGAUUGCCGGCUCCUUCCCAUUCUGCCCAGGGUUGGCCCAUGAAAUCCUGUCAUCCACAGUCAGGGUGGUCUUUCCACCUCAAUUAACCCAAUAGGUUGUUUAGACAACACCUCAUUAAGACAUCAUCCCAUUGUGUCAAGUUGCUGAUUAAAACCACCCAUCACCAAAACACUGUGCCCAUUUCACAGAAAUUGCUUUAAGUUCACACAGUGUGGUUUUCAACCUGGGCCCACCUGACCCCAUCAAAUUACAUAAUAUUCCUCCUUUUGCUCUCCAUCUUUCCCCUCUGGGCACAUGAAAGUGGUUCCUUGGGCAGCUGGACAAGUGGGAAGCCGUCUGAAUGAGGUGGACGGGCACGUGGUGAGCAGUCCAUAGAUGGCUAUGACUGACCAUGAACAUGUAAUGGGGGCUCCCGCUUAUGGGAAAUUAAUCAGGGUAAUAGAUUGUACAAACCCUGAUCAGAGUCGUGAAAAACACAGUCAGGAAGAGAACCUGGGGAGAAAGAACUCAAGUGGCAGGUUAGGGUGGGAAGGAGUAUUGAUUGCUUUUCUUCCCAAACUCUUUGUCGUGGGUAGUUUCCUUAGUUCUUAUAGAAUAAGCUACUUGUGCCUGCCCUACAGGUCUGUGAGGCCAUGGUGGGGAGGCUCUGCUCUCUUCGUUGUUAUUGUUUUAUCUCCCGGUGUCCAGCCGCAUGCGCCUGGCAUAUUGUGGAUGUAAUUAAUGUGAGUGUUGGAUGGGUGCCCACUGGGAAACUUCUCAGAAGGGUUUGGCCCAGAACGUGUUUGCAGAGAGCUUCCUCAGCUCUGCUUUCAGGGAGCAAGCACACGCCUGGGAUGUAUUGCAGGGUCAGCUUCUGGCCAGACCAAAAAGGUCUGGCAAGGUGUGGGCCACAUUGUGGUUAUUCAGUGUGACGCAGAGGUGUGGCUCAGGGGACUCUGGGAUUGACCGAGUGAUGGAAGGGUGGCAGGGAGGGAGGAAGGAAGGAAGCACCGAAAUAAAGGCUGACCCGGCGUCACCAUGUCGCUAUCACAGGAGCUCAGACUCCAGAUCAGGUGGGACUAGAUUCCACAUUCUUAUCGGACUUUUAAACUUGUGGGCUAAGUCUUGUCUUUAAUUCUCAGCUCCCCAGAGGUAGAAACAGGAAGAUCAGGAGUUUAAGACCAGCUUCAGUUACCUGAGACCCUGCCUCAAAAACAAAAACAAAAACAAACCCGAAAACCAAACAAACAAUCAAAAAGAGCCAAAGAAAAAACGGGGAAAAAAAACCAAAAAACCCUUGAUAAUGGUGAUAGGGAUUCCACAAAGUGAUUGUUUAUUGAGUGCUUACUAGAGGCCAGGCUACACACCUUUAUAUAGCCAUUCCCUUGAUCUUCAUAACUAAACAACAUGGAUGAGUGGCCGUCUCCAUCUCCGUUUUGGUGAUGAAGGAAGAGGUCUUAGUUUUCCUAGGAAAGUUCCACAGAUCACAGGACUCCUAGUGUGUUUGUGAAGCCCAGGGGAGCAAGGCACAGAGCAGGUGCAGCGGUGGGGAACGAAGUCCACUUUCCAACAGGAAGGAAGGCCACACCACCCACAGGACAGGAGUGCAUUCCUCUAAGUGCAAAGAGCUGCAGAGAGCAUCCUGUCAGGUUUGUGAACGUUGCUGAGUCGGAGUUGAGGAGCUAAGGAGAUGACUCGGCAGAUAGGAGCACUGUUAGGAGCUCUUCCAGAGAACUCGGGUUCCAUGGGGUCCGGUGCCCUCUCCUGGCUUCUGCAGGCCUCUAUAGUUCACAAGACGUGUGUGCAGGCAGAGCUCUCAUACACAUAAAAAAUGUUUUUAAAACGCAGAGUGGACGUGGCAUCGAACACCUGUCACCCCCAGCACUCAGGAGGCAGAGGCAGGUGGAUCUCUGAGUAUCUCAUGAGCUGUGUACCUGACAGGUGGUACUGAUGGCUUCAUUCAUAGUUAGAAUGAUGGUUUGGGGUUUAAUGAACUGAACUAUGAAGAACAGGGAAGCCAUGAGACUAGCACCCGAUCGUGGGCUUUAGAAACUGGACUGAGUGGGGGGCUGAGGGCAUAGCAUUGCUUGGGAACCAACACCCACACUACCCAGCUAAUCCAGAACCCCGAGUGACUCCUUGAAUAUCUGAGGAGCAAUGCUCCUAUCUGUCCAUCCAUCUGAUCUCUGAGGAGAUGAGGAAACCAAGUAGUUUUAAGUGACUCAUGCCUGAGGACGCCCAGAAAGUUUUAAAAAACAGAGCUCUGUCCAUUCCACACCAGGGAUUUAUCAGCACUUAGCCCAGUAUAGUAAACCCACUUGGUUUGAGGGUUUUUUUGCUCUGGGUCUGCAACACUACCAGCCGUCCUGUUACUGUUAGUUCUUGGAUAGUGGGGGCAUUUCCAGAGGCCACAGUGUUCGUUGUGCCUGGUGGAGGUGGGAGGAACUGUGAAAUUAACCAUUCCCUGGGCUCAGCCCCAGAUAUACAAGAUCCAAGUGGGACUAAGCCUCUCUUAAAACACUCCUGUGAGUCCUGAGCGGUGCAGUUGCUAUGACCACCCACAAACUGUUAGGGCUGCCCAGGUGGGACAUACAUCGGCCUGGUUAUCACCCAGGGAAGCCUAGUGGUUAAAGAUUACAUGCUUUACCUGUCCGUGGAGCUCAGCAUUAACUAUUAUAUUAUAGUUAAAUAUAAAUUCUAACAAUAUUUAAGAAAGGUAAAUAUAUAUAUUCAGGGUCUGACUAUGUAGCCUUGGCUGACCUGGGAAUUUCAUAUGUAGACUAGGCUGGCCUCGAACUCAGAGAUCUGCCUACUUAUGCCUGCUUGCCUCCCCUAGGGCUGUGAUUGAGAGUGAAGGCUUGUGCCACCACACCUGACUAUUAUUUUCUACUUUUAAGGAAAAGAAGACUUUGGAAAAAUAAAUAACUCUCAUCCAAGACUGGUAAAAAUGUGUGUUUGGAUAUUAAGAAAUGGAGCUGGAGAGAUGGCUCAGUGGCUGAGAACACUUGCUACCUUUCCAGAGGUCCUGGGAGAUGCCUAGCAGCUCAGAACAGUAACUUCAGUUCCAGGGGGUCUGGUGCCCACUCUGCAGGUACCAGGCACACACAUGGUGCACAGUCAUACAUAUAGGCAAGAUGCCCAUACACUUUAAAAAGGAAAUGUUAAGAAAAGGAAAAUAUCAGUCAGGCCGAGCUGGCACACGCCUUUAAUCCCAGCACUAAGCAGGAGGAGGUAGGGGGACUCAUGGAGUUUUCAGCCAGCCUGAUCUCCAGGACAGCCAGGGCAACACAGAGAACCGCUGUUUAGGGGGGGAAAAAAACCAAAAACAAAAAAAAAAACCCCAAAAUCUGGAAAGAAGAAAAAAAAGCAAAAUCUGGAAAAAAAAGAAAAGAUAUCUCGGUAGAUCGCUUGUCUAGAAUGCAGGAAACCUUGGCUUCCAUCCUUAGUACUGGGCUUUUUUUUGUUGUUGUUGUUGUUUUAAUUUAAAGAUUGAUUGAUUGAUUGAUUGAUUGAUUGAUUUAUGUAACGUAAGUACACUGUAGCUCUCUUCUGACAAACCAGAAGAGGGCAUCAGAUCUCAUUAGAGGUGGUUGUGAGCCACCAUGUGGUUGCUGGGAUUUGAACUCAGGACCUCGGGAAGAGCAGUUGGUGCUCUUAACCACCGAGCCAUCCCUCCAGCCCCCUUAAUACUUUUUAAACUGGACAUGACACCUGUAAUCCCACGGUGUGUGGGGGGGAAUGAAGGGUGAAAUUCAAGGCUGUAGGAGACCCUACCUCAGAAAAAGAAAGGGAGGGAGGGAAGGACAUUUGAAGUCCUCUUACUUCAGACUUAGAAGAACUGAGAUGAAAUUGAGUCUGUAUUUUGAUUUCCUUUAGUUUUGAGAUGUCAUGUUCCCUAAGCUGCUCUGGAACUCUUGGGCCUAAGAGGAGUAGCUGAGACAGCAGCUUAUGUCGUGUCCCCAGACAAAUCAGCAUUUUAGUUGUUUUUUUUUUUAAACUUGUAAACUUCCCUUCUUCUUCUUAGACCACUGUACACAGAAGUACAGGUCAAGGACCAGAAGCUAAGUACAACUACUAGAGUGUUGUUCAGAAGUGGGGAGAUCUGUGGGAGGGUGAUUGCCUACCCCACUGCAGUCCCUUGGGGUGGGGAAUGAAUAUGCAUGCAAAUAUAAUAUUAAGAAACCUGUAGUUUGGCCAUGACAACAGUGGACGAUCAGUAGCCCAGUGUAGACACCACUGACUCCAUGUGACAGCCUCAGGACUGUGCAAGAAACACAACGGACUCCUGUAGAGAGCCCGAGAGGCGGUGGCAGGAGGGUGUGCAGAAAUGCCCUCGUAGCCAGACCCCACGGGAUGGAGGGCUUCAUGGACUCAGGGACACAGACGGAUGCUGUGGUGGUGCUGUCCUUGGCUCAGGCUGCUGUGCUGGGCCUGGUCUCAGAAAAUGAGCUCUUUGGAGCCACCAUAAGUGCAGAGGCCUUUUACCCAGACCUGGGGCCAGAACUGUCUGGGACAGCCAUGGGGGAGCCAGGACCACCAGGGCCUGACAUCUAUCAGCUGGCCUGUAAUGGGCAGGCCCUGGAAGAGCCCCCAGAAGAGGAGGUGCUGGAGGUAGAGGCCGCCUUUGAGAAGCACACCCGGAGGAAGACACGGCCCCCUGUGAGGCUGGUACCCAAGGUCAAGUUUGAGAAGGCAGAAGACGAAGAGGAACAGGAGGUGUAUGAGGUGUCUGUGCCCGGGGAUGACAAAGACCCGGGCCCUGCAGAGGCCCCUGAGGAGGCGGCCAGUGGUGGCUGUGAGGCCCUGGUGCAGAGCAGUGCCGUCAAGAUGAUCGACCUCAGCGCCUUCAGCCGCAAGCCCCGGACACUCCGGCACUUGCCAAGAACUCCAAGGCCAGAGCUGGACACGGCCCCAUUCGAUCCUCCUUUCCCGGACCCAGCCCGGGAUGGCUUCCUUGAGCCCAGCAUGGCACUACCUGGAUCAGAGACUUUGCCCACUGAAUGUAGUUUCGAGCCGCCCCAUCUGGCCCCCCUGAGCAAUCCUGAGCCUCCCAACAUGACAUCGACGGAACUCGUCAAACCAGAGCAGGGCUUCGUGUGGCAGGAGUCCAGCGAGUUCGAGGCUGACACGGCAGGCUCUACAGUGGAGCGCCACAAGAAGGCACAGCUGGACCGGCUGGACAUCAAUGUGCAGAUCGAUGACUCUUACCUAGUGGAGGCAGGCGACCGCCAGAAACGCUGGCAGUGUCGCAUGUGCGAGAAGUCCUACACGUCUAAGUAUAAUCUGGUGACGCACAUCCUGGGCCACAAUGGCAUCAAGCCACACUCAUGUCCUCACUGUAGCAAGCUCUUCAAACAGCCCAGCCACCUGCAGACGCACCUGCUGACACACCAGGGCACGCGGCCCCACAAGUGCCAGGUGUGCCACAAGGCCUUCACUCAGACCAGCCACCUCAAGCGCCACAUGCUGCUGCACUCGGAGGUGAAGCCCUACAGCUGUCACUUCUGUGGCCGCGGCUUCGCCUACCCUAGCGAGCUUAAGGCCCACGAGGUAAAGCACGAGAGUGGCCGCUGCCACGUCUGUGUCGAAUGCGGCCUAGACUUCUCCACCCUGACCCAACUCAAGCGCCACCUGGCCUCCCACCAGGGCCCCACCCUCUACCAGUGCCUUGAGUGUGACAAGUCCUUCCACUACCGCAGCCAGCUACAAAACCACAUGCUCAAGCACCAGAAUGUGCGGCCCUUCGUGUGCACUGAAUGUGGCAUGGAGUUCAGCCAGAUCCACCACCUCAAGCAGCACUCCCUCACCCACAAGGGUGUGAAGGAGUUCAAGUGUGAGGUCUGUGGCCGGGAGUUCACCCUGCAGGCCAACAUGAAGCGCCACAUGCUCAUCCACACCAGCGUGCGGCCCUACCAGUGCCACAUCUGCUUCAAGACCUUUGUGCAGAAGCAAACCCUCAAGACCCACAUGAUCGUGCACUCGCCUGUGAAGCCGUUCAAGUGCAAGGUGUGCGGGAAGUCCUUCAACCGCAUGUACAACCUGCUGGGUCAUAUGCACCUGCACGCAGGCAGCAAGCCAUUCAAGUGCCCGUACUGCUCCAGCAAGUUCAACCUCAAGGGAAACCUGAGCCGGCACAUGAAGGUCAAGCACGGCGUCAUGGACAUCAGCCUGGACAGCCAAGACCCCAUGAUGGAGCUGGCAGGCCCCGACCCCUCUGAACUUGACAACCAUCAGGAGAUGGAGGACUUCGAGGAAAACGCCUACACCUACAGCAGUGUGGACGGCAGCACGGAGGCCAGCGCCCUCACUGAGCAGGCCAUGAAAGAGAUGGCCUACUACAAUGUGCUAUAGCGGGCUGCUGAGUGGGGGAGGGGGGGGCGCAGGGUGAGACCCACCUACUGAGGGCUGCACCUGUGCAGUCCAGAACCAAGCUACUGCCCACUGCCCAGCCCCCCUCCCCCCCACCCUCAGUCACUUGCACCACUAGGGACCUUUAGACCAAAUGGAGACUGUACUACUGUCCUUGCAGGGAGCUGGGCGCAGGCCUAGGCACCCCAGUGAGGGAAAGGUAACCAGGAGGCCCACAUCUGGUUCUCCUUGGCCUGCUGCUGUGGGUGGGUAGGGGAAAUACUAAUGAGGCCUCUUCACAGGCACAGACUUAGAGGUCUUCUCCAAGCCACCUCGGGCGUAGAGGGGCUCUCCAGGAAGAGAGUGCUUGAGUCAGGUCUUGUCUCUCUCCUGCACCGACUCUGGCCUUUAAGGACAUCUGAGCUCCUGCACUGGCCAGCACUGCCCACCACACCCUGCUCAGACCCAAGAACCUCUUCCCUUCCCCUGUCACUCAAGAGCCAGGCAGGGCACUCUGCCUUCUACCUCCUGGGCCUCCCCUCGCUCCAUGCAGGCAUGCAUGCGGCCCUGGCCCUGCCCGUAGGAGCUGGGGAGUCCAGCCUCCAGAGCACCCUUGCCCCAGCCCCAUUUGAAAGAAUGUCCCUGAUGUGCAUUUCAACAAAUUUCAUCCAGGUCUGCCCCAAGCUAAGGCACCAACCACAGCGUCCUCACCAAACAAAAUCAGGACAUGCCUUUGUGUCUGGCAAACAUUAACAAAGAUAGGUGGAGGCCCCUUGAGCCAGCGGGGAGGGGCAGGGUGACAUCUCUGGGACCAGGAGAGGCUGUCCUCAGGGGAAGCCAAGGAAGACCACCCAUGGGAAGAGGGGAACUAGAAUGUUUUGUUUUUGUUUUUUAUGAGCAAGCAGGUGUUGUGAGGAGUGGGUAAGCUGAAGCUCAGCAGGCUCCCAAGGAAGAGCAGCAUAUUUAAUUGAAGACCAUAGAGAGGGGGGAGUAAUCUUUUUUUGAGCAAGUGAGGAUAUUUUGAAGGUAAUUUAUGUUUUCUUUUCCAACUCUCUUGUCUAUCAUGUUUGAUGGAGAGGGUUUUUUUGUUUUGUUUUGUUUUUGAUUUGUUCUUUCAAGCCUCAGCUUUCUCGUGUGCUGUGUGUGCUUCCUGCUUCCCUUACCUAAAGCAAUCAGGCCUGAGGGACCUGUGCCCUGGCCCAGGUGUGUCACUGGCUGGGAGCCUCAGAAGGCUAAGGCAGGAGGAAAGGGGAGGCGGAGAACCUACCUGGCCCUCUUCAGCCAUCGGUUCUGUGCCACCCAGGCAGCCAAGGCUUCUGACUGCACAAGGCCAGCUGGCCCUCUUCAGCUGUCUACUCUGCUCCCCUCUGUCCCCCAGGUAAUGACCCGCACAUCAAUAAUCUCCCAAGUACCCAAACCCCUGCCCACGAAUCCCAAGGCCCCCAAGGGGAGGAGCAGGCAGGGCUAACCCCAAAAAGACAUAGAUGACGCCACCAGCUUUGGCUGAGAAACCAAGAGGGAGAACCAGCUGGGGCAGAGGGUGCUGAUUGGCAGUACAACUGCCCCCAAGCCUGUCCCUAAGUGAGACACCAAGCCAGGCCUCAGGGGGACAGUGGUCUAAAUGUGGUUUCCCGUGGCUCCCAGCCUCCCAGGUGCCCAUCACAAUGACCCUCAGGUGGCAGUGAUUAGGUGUCACUGUACAAGACAUUUCUCCUGCUGAGCAGAAGGCAUCACCCCUGCAAACUACCUCUUCCCACAACGACUUUCUCCCCUGGAACCAAAAAGCACCCUGUACCUCCUUCCCCUCCUCCUCCUCCUCUCCUGCCAACGCAGUGGCCUUGGUCUUGGAAAACAGAAGGAAGAAGUCUGGCCUGGGUGGGAUCUCCCUUUGUCUCCCAGCCUGCCAUUGGCACAACCCUCUGGUGGGGGGGGGGUGUGUGCCAUACUCAGAAACCCCUGCCCUCGCCCUGUGCAAAGCAGAGAGGAAGGCACAGCACAGUACACAGUUGGAACCGGAGGUGGCCCUGGCGGAAUUCCACUCUAACUUAUUUUGAAGUGUAUACAAACCAACGGUUUAGCGAUUCCACUUGUGCAGAGCCCUACUGUGUUUUUAUGUUCCUGUUUAAAAGAGAAGUUUACUUAGCAAUAAUUAUAAAUAAAUGAGUAUUCUUUA